AGAUUCGGGAACGGCUAGCUUGAUGGCCGCAAGAUGGCGCCGCUGACUGUUAUCAAGCCUCAACCAGAGGCCGUCGAGUUCCGCACAGCUCGAGAUGGCUCGCUCACCGCUUGGGUGCGGCUUCAGAACACGUGGGAAGGCCAAGUGGCCUACAAGAUCAAGACCACCUCGCCCAAGGAUUUUACCAUCAAGCCCGCGUCUGGCUCUAUUCGGAUGGGAGAGUUUCACGACGUGCAGAUCGUGCGGAAAACAGCCGAAGAAGGAGGUAGCCCAGAAAGCAGCAAGAAGGUGAAAUUCCUGGUCCAGGCAGCGGCCGUGACCACACAGGCGCAGAAGCUGCUACUCUACGCGGCGGACAAAGGCAAAGCGGCGGGGAGGACCAAGUUUUGGGACAGCAUCCCCAAGGAGGAGCUGCAGGAGCAGCAGCUGCCGGUGAAGCUUGAGGAGCGGGACGAGUUCCACGACGCGGUGGAGGAGUCCCAGGAGCAAUCCGUGGACGCCACGGUCAGCGAGCUCUGGAAGGCCCGGAAGGCCAGAGCGCAGGAGACGCAUCGCCACUGCUCAAGCGCAAAUCCCGCGGGCGUGACCGUCGUGCAAAUUCCUGAGGAGCUGAAAGCGGCCAAGUCAGGCGAGGCCUUGGAGGAAGGGCCGCCUGGUGGCGCGGCUGGCGCUGGUGGCGCGGGCGGCGCUGGUGCUGGGAGGGGCUAUGCGGAGCCCGCCUUUGAGGACGCUAAGCCAGUGAGGGAACUCCGCGAAGAUGAGCUGGCGCAGGUGGCGGCAGAGAAGGCGCCUUUGCGGCAGAAAGGACCUGCUCCAGGCAAGCUGACGGGCCAAGACAUGGAUGACAUCGUCAGCCGCAUGACCAAGCAUGGCCCAGAUGGCAAGCCCGUGGUUCAGGUGACCCGGCCAGCCCCGGCCCCCAGUGAAGGUGAGGUGGCUGCGAUCGGCCUAUCCGAGGGCCCAGCGCCGGAGGCCGAGCGCAAGCCCCUGCAGCUGGCUAGCAGAGCUCAACAGCAGAAUCAGAAGCACGACAUUGUCCUGCAAGGUCACUCGCGGCCGAUCACUUUCAUUGCCUUCGACGUUUCUGGAAAAGUGCUCUUCACUUGCGGAAAGGACAAGCUUGUCAUUGCCUGGAGCGUGCCGGAGGGCGAGUGCCUCCGCAAGUACGAGGGGCACAGGGGCGCUGUGUGGGCAUGCUCCCUGAACUACGACGAGGGCUUGCUUUUGACGUGCGGCGCCGACAACUUUGUCUUGCUCUGGCAGGCAGAAACAGCUCAGCUCAUGUUCGAGGUGGAGUUGCCGGGUGUGGUGCGGUGCGUGGAGUGGUCCCUCGGCCUUUGUCUGCGCUUCGCUUGCUGCUGCAAUGGCUUCAAGGCGAAGCCUGCGGCAGUUGGUGUCUUCGACAUUUCAUUGGAGGCCAUGAACUCGAGGUGCGUCACUUCCAUCGAAGCGCCAAGGCUGCCCUCGGCGGCCACGCAGGUGGCAUGGGUUGGACCUUACAGGGAGUGGCUGUGCUCGGUGCAUGAUGGCGGCUUGGUGGUUUUCUGGAACGCCCUCAGCGGCUCUGAGCUGUACCGAUUGACUGCGCACGAGGAGGCCGUGUCAAAGAUAGCGGUGCCGGCAGACGGGCGGCUACUGGCUUCAUGCGGGCGGCAGGACAUGGAGGUGAGGCUUUGGUGCCUUGCGAAACCGGGGAGUGAGGAUGGUAGCGACUCUGAUGACAUGGGAGGCGGCGGACCUGCACCAGAACUGAUGCGAAGCUUCACCUGUGACCGGCCUCUGAACUGCGUGGCCGUGCGCCCGUCGCUCACCUUCAGCGAAGCCGCUCUGGAGGAGGCUGACGGGGGUAGCUGUAUGAUGUUGGCUGGCGGUGGCCAAGAUGCUCGCGAUGUGGCGCUGGUUGGUGCAGGCACAGACGUUGAUCAGUUUGAGCCGAUCCCCCUGAGAUUCCAUCGUGUGUCGCCUGAUGCGGCGUCGGGUUUGGAGCCCUGCCCUGCAGAAGGAGCGUGGGAUUCAAAGCUUCGGAAGGGAGGCCACUUUGGACCUUUGCAUGCUCUAGCCUUCAGCCCAGAUGCGAAGCUGUGUGCCAGCGGCUCCGAGGAUGGAAACGUCCGCCUAAGGGAGCUUCACUGACUGGGUUGCCACAC